GAAUAACCUUUUUCUUAAAAUCAUCCGAAGAAAAUAAUUAUCCUAAAAACAAAUUAAAUAAUUUUGGAAUGAAAUAAAAAUUAAAUUAUCAUCAACCAGUCCGACUCAGUGGUUCCGAUCAUGGCCGAUGAUGAGUCAAGAACCAUCCUGUUGGAGAAGAACGAAGACUGCCCUGGCUGUAUCAUUGAUCGAACCAAGCAACAGCAACGAGGCGUUCCUUACUUGCACCUCUCCUUCAUCUGGCUCGUGUCACUCUGCACUGCUCUUCCAAUAUCUUCACUGUUUCCAUAUAUUUAUUUCAUGAUCAGAGACUUCCAUAUAGCAAAACAAGAAGAAGAUAUUGGUUUCUAUGCUGGUUUUGUUGGAUCAUCAUUCAUGAUUGGAAGAGCUUUGACAUCUAUUUUCUGGGGGAAAUUAGCUGAUCGUUAUGGUCGCAAACCUAUUAUUCUCAUUGGGACAUUCUCAGUGAUCAUAUUCAAUACCCUCUUUGGUCUAAGCACAAGUUUCUGGCUUGCAAUUUCCGUUAGAUUUCUUCUUGGCUGCUUCAAUUGUUUACUUGGAGUUAUAAGAGCAUAUGCUUCAGAAGUCGUUAGCGAAGAGUAUAACGCUCUUAGUCUUUCUGUCGUGAGUACAUCAAGAGGUAUAGGAUUGAUACUAGGUCCUGCUAUUGGAGGUUAUCUUGCUCAGCCUGCAGAAAAGUACCCAAAUAUAUUUUCCCAGAGUUCAGUUUUUGGGAGGUUUCCAUAUUUUCUGCCGAGCUUAGUUAUAUCCGUCUAUGCUACUGCGGUUCUCAUCGCUUGCUGGUGGCUUCCUGAAACUCUUCAUACACGUUGUAGAAUUGCACAAGGGAGACUUAAUCCAACAGAGCUAAACGAUGAUGAAAGUAGAGGAGGAGGACUUGAUGAACAGAAAAUAAUUAAUAAGCCAAGUCUCUUGAGGAAUCGUCCAUUGAUGGCUAUCAUCAUUGUUUAUUGUGUUUUUUCCCUCCAAGAGAUAGCAUACAAUGAGAUAUUCUCACUCUGGGCUGUUAGUGACCGAAGCUAUGGAGGAUUGAGCUUCUCAUCUCAAGAUGUUGGUGAAGUUUUAGCUAUAUCAGGACUUGGGCUUCUGGUGUUUCAACUUUUGGUAUACCCGCCAUUGGAGAAAUCCGUGGGACUCCUUGCGGUUAUACGUCUUUCUGCGGUAUUGCUGAUACCGCUGCUUUCGUGUUACCCCUAUAUAGCUUUGCUUUCUGGGGUGACUCUCCAUUUGGUGAUAAAUUGUGCAUCCAUCAUAAAAAACGCUUUGUCUAUCUCACUUGUCACAGGACUGUUUAUCAUGUUGAACAAAGCUGUGGUAUAGUUCUUUGGCUAGUGUAUCUCUAUCUUUUACAUCGGUAACUUCCUCUGCCAUGGCUCAUACUCUCACUUUUCUUUAAUAUAACAUUGUAGCCUCAGAAUCAGAGAGGUGCUGCUAAUGGCAUUUCUAUGACCGCGAUGUCUGUUUUCAAAUCAUUUGGCCCUGCCGGUGGAGGGGUCUUAUUCUCAUGGGCGCAAAAGAGACAAGACGCUACAUUCCUUCCAGGUGAUGAGAUGGUGUUCUUGGUGUUGAAUUUGGUACAGCUCGUAGGAUUGAUACUAACGUUCAUACCUUACAUUUCCCAAAUCCAGUAAAAGGUAAAAUCCAUUACUCUUUCUCCUUAUAGUGAGGAAUCAAUGGGAAACUAUGAUUCUCUAUGAUUCCAGUAAAAGGUAGAAUCCAGUUGAAGUGAUUGUGUUUCUCUAUGAUUCGGCACCAAAAGACUGACUAAUAAUGUUCAUAUAUUUUUGUAUGUAAUACUAUCAUUUACUAAUUUGUUCACUCAAAGUCAAGGUGUUAUAUCUUUCUGGUCAAAACAUAUAAGUCAUUUUGUAGGUAACGGAUCUACUAAUACAUUUAAUUCAAGCCAAUAAUUUUAGGGAAAAAUGUCGCAAAAAAUCGAAAACUUUCAAAUUUGAGACGAAAAAUAUGAAUUUUUGAAAUGUCAUUUAAAUUUUAA